AUGAAGGAAGCUGGAGCAGAUGUUGUGGAGUGCUUAGAGCUUGCCUCUGAAGUUGACAUGCAAAAAAGUUUAGAUCCAUUCUCUGCUAUUUGUGCUAAUUUUGGCCUAACAAUUAACACCAAGAAAACACAGAUACUCUGUCAGCUAGCACUACACCACUCAUACAAGGAACCAUUUUUACAGCAAAUGGAGAAUUUUAAAAGUGUGUUUGCUUACCUUGCUGCUGAAAAAUCUCUGCCUUUCUUCUUGUUUGUGACGGAGUAUCAAGAGGAUUUAUCACUACCUUUUGCCAGUGAAGGAAACAGAACGGCCCCUCCAUCCUCUAAGGAUCUUGAAAGCCCUGAGAACAGCUCCAGCCAGCUAGAAGACUCUGGGUGUGAUGUGUUAAGUGAGAAUAGAACUGAUCCUUCAGAACUGUCUCAGAAUGUUGAAGAGAGUUUUACUUCAUCUUCUGAAAUUUCUGUGUAUCAGCUGCCCAUUGUGAAAAGUCAUUGUGCCCUCCAAGAAAAAACUUUAUCUUCUCACUUACAAUUUUUGCAACAUGUGCUUGAACUGAAGAAUUUAACAGAAUCUGGUAGUUUGAAAACAGAUUUAAACAAGUUUGAAAGUGACUGUUCCACAGUAUCUGAUUCUGUUUUUCGGUUGCUUGAUGGCUUGAUAACUUUUUACAGUGACCCUAAACUUCCUUUCUCAAACUUUUUGACAGAAGCAGUUUUUAUUUUGACUAGGUUAAUCGAUGAUUGUAAUUUGUCUAAUCACAUACUUAAAAAAUGUUUCAAGAAGCUGGAAGAAUUUGAAAAAACUCUAGUGCAGGUUAUUUUAAGGACCAGCAGUAUUAAUCGGUUUCAGGUGCAGCGUUACAUCUCUAAUAGUCUGGUCAUCCUGGGAAAGUGCACUUUUUUAAGAAAACCUGUCAUAUCUCUGCUUUUAUCAGAAGUGAACAACUUCACUGAUAACUUGAGGAAUAUGUAUCAGGUCCAAGCUGGAUAUGAUGUGACAUGGUAUGAGAACAUUUUCUCUCUCCUCUGGGUUCUAGAACAGCUGCUUCAAGAUGGAACAGAAGAGAGUACCAUACCAAGUAUAGACCUUGCAGAGCAGGAGACCAAGAAGUUUCUUGAACAACUUGAUCAAACUAUUCUCCAUCUCUCAGAUGCAUUCCCUCUGUUUACUUUAUACAUAUGGAGAGUGGGUGUUCUUUUGAACUCAGCUCAGAUAAGAACUGUUGAAAAUAGCUCACCUCCAUAGCCAUUGAUCAUAUUUCUCAAAUAUACUAAAAGUGUGUUUUGAAGAUUUUCAGAAGAAUUUUUUUAAAAGACUCAGUAUUGCAAACAUAAAAUGAACUUGGCAAUGAAAUUACUCAUUUGGCUUCACUAAUUAGCUUAGAAAUUGUGUACAAUAGAAUAUGGAAGUCAUGUUGGACUUCAUCCUGCCUCUCCUCUUGGAAAUGUACCAAUAUUCAGAUUGUAUUAAUUAUAUUAUCAUUAUUGUCUUUUUCCUGUGGAAUCAUUUGGU